CCAAAAUCGCUAAGAGCUUAUGUAAUUAAACAGAACCACAACACUGAGCGUUUCCAAAACAUGACAUGUCAAGUCCAAUCAAUUUAGAAUAAAUAUAUUGCGCAAAUCAGUUUUCUGCAGUGAGUUGGAUUAUACGAUACAGUCAUGGCAAGUAAUGAAGUACCAAUUCAAGAGGAAGUGAAAGUGUCUGAAGAGAAAUCAAACUCAUCUGUGAAGGAUAAGCAGGAAGAAAUUUCAGUUGUACCCUCACAAACACCUGCAGAGAUUCCAAUGCAAGACAUGAAGAGUUCAGAAAACGGAGCCUUUUCCAUGGAUGAAGGACACCAGGAUGAAUGUAUUCCAGCAAUAUCAUACCAUGAUAUUCUUCCUGAGCUUCUGUUAAGAGCAGAAUCCAAAGAAACUGCACCACAGUACUCAAGAUUUGGGACCCUGAUAGAAAAAGCAAACCAAUGGUUGAAAGAAAACCCAGAAAGAAUGUUGUGGAAAUGUGAGACAGUUAUAAUGAAGCUGAAAUCAGAGGACGAAGUUGAUACAGAAAGUGUGUACUAUAUGGAAUCUGCCUAUGGCACCAAUGUUUUCCUAAUGGUACUUCGGUUAUGGCUUGUACCAAGGCCUUCCCCAGACAUUCCUGUAGGAGAGAUCGGUUACACAUCAGCUUUACCAGGUCGACAGACUUCCAUAAUGCAGGGUCAAUACGAGUCAAAUAUUCAAGUAUCUGAAGGAGUCAGGUUGCCAGAAAUGAUCACAAAUCUAAACAAACAAAUAAUGAAAAGUCCCUUACCAGGUAGUAUUUUGAAUAUGGAGACGGUGAUUUAUAGGGUUUCUACAAACUUUGGUGAGAUACUGUCAGUGGAUCCAGAUGAAACAUGCUGGGCUGAAAAUGGGUCCAAGGCAAGGGCUUUUGUUCAUGGCUUGAGAAUCUUCUACAUUGUUGGAAAACCUCAAUAUUGUACUAUUGGUUUCCAUGACGAGCAACCUGAUAUUGCUGAUAACUCCUUUGGAACAUCAUUCAAGUUUCUGCCCUUCAGGAGAGCUGUAGCCAAAAUGGGAAUAUGGCUAAGAAAGCAGCGGAACAUCAGAAUGCUGAACUUGCAGACAGUCAAUGUGAGAUGUGGACUCGACUCAAAAGGAUUUAUCAAAAUUGAACAUGAAGAGUGUAGUUCCUCAGAGCCAGCACAUGUAGAAACAAGGUACUGCAAAAUCCUGCGCACAUUUUACCAGGUCAACUCCUCCAAAUCUGACGAAAGUCCUUACCAGUCCCUCAAAAUCUCCACCAGACUUUUUGUACCUGUCAGAGUGUAUAGUCGUGACUUCGAAUCCUGGUCAAAGACAGUGAUGAGAUUAAAUAAAUGGAUGAAUUACACAAAGGUUCCCCCAUUUGGUGUAGAGACUGUGCAGUACCAGUUUUAUAUUGACGGCGACAGUACCCCCACCCUGGAGGACAAGGUGGAGAACUCAGUCAGGCGUAACCUGGGCCGCUACCACCUGUCUACAGUCAGGAUGUAUUUCCCAUCCGAGUUUGAGGAACCACCAGUGGAGGUUUCCCCAGAAGUGGACGCAGGUUAUUAUUCAUCCUGGGGAUGCUCCAUCUCAUAAACCAGACUGACCACAGUGACCAAACAAAAAGCCAAAUGAUUUCAAUUAUUGAAUCAAUAGAUUGUGGCGUACAGACUGCUAUUGUAAUUUCUUUUGUAUAUUUUCUCCAGUUUUUGACAUUAUGCAAAGAUUUAUUGAAUUAAGGUAUCAAUAUUAUUAAUAACAAUAAGAUACCUGGCCCUUUAUAAUAUUGUUUACCUCACUUGACAAACGGAGGAUUUACUGUCACAGGUUGUAACUCACUUAUUUUUCGAUAUUUUAUUUGUUAUCUCUGAGAGAUGUGUGAACAUAUGUGACUAAAUAUGGCUAUUACUUGUCCAUUUUGAGGCUGGAGUUGCCUGUAUUUAGCACUCUUUAAGGUUUCUUAGGAUAAAAUUGUUUUCAGACUGUGAGCGUGUGUGUUUUUUGAAGUGAAAGACUGAUGUUUGCAUGAUGACAGAUACUAUUGUCUUGACAGAAAGAAAGGCUUACCCAGGGGAGAAGGGGAGGGUAUUUAAUUUGUUGUGCAAUGACAGAAGUGUUCAGCAUCAAGUACUAUUAAAAAGAUAUUGCUCAUGGUUUGAUAUUUACAGAAGCAUUUUAUUUGUACAUUGUAUUCAUUGCUACUUUUUUACUGUUACAGUUUAGCCUUUAUUCUAUAGUGAUGAUGAUUUACUAAAUUGCCCUUUUUUAACUUCAGAUUAUUAAGAAGAAAUCAAAUUCCUGCUUUAUUGAUUAUUAUUGUGAAUUUUACAUUUACACUGUAGAAUGAUCUUUUCUAUAUGUAGUAGUGUAGCCUCUCAUUGGUUUUGUUAAAUGUUGAUAUACAAAGAUUUAUUUAUUUUUUGUAACUAAUAAAAUUAUAUAUACAUUGUACAUCAUUUUAUAUAGAAUAGAUCAUUUUGUAUUUUUUGAUAGGCAUAAAACACUAAGUCUUGUACAUUUUGAUUUUUUCCUGAUAUAUUUGCUUACCGGUAUUUCUUUUUGUAUUCAUCUGUGUUUUGUUACAUACAUAUCAUUUAUAUGUUUGUCUAUAUAGUGAUUUUCUUCUUAUUUUAUACAUGCAUUACUGCUAAGAAAGUAGAGACAAUUCCUGUUGAAAUUUGACAUUUUGUCAGUAGAUCCAAACAAUUUUGUCCAUUUCUGUCAAUCCGCCCAAUUUUUAUGUGAUAAUGAGAAUUAUACAUACCCGGGUAUGUAUUGUAUUUAUUAACCUUUUUGAGUUUGUACUUUUUUUCUAUCUUUAAAUAAACACAUUCCUUCCUA